GGAGGUACGAACUGCUGGUCGACCCAAGAAGUUGGCGAACGGCUGAACGCAGAACAAGAACGGAGACGAUUUAGUUACGUUUCGGGUUCACAGUCAGAUUGUAAACACCGAGUGUCCCGUUAAAUUUGUGGACACCGAUCCACCCACGAAGGCCGUCCGUCCGAAUGAAAGCGCGCACCGACCAGCCGAACUAGCAGUCUGACGAGCGACCAGCCGAAAAAAGGCAGAGACAAUGAGCCGAGUUCGAGGUGGCCUUGUGUUCGCCCGUAGAUAUGUAGCAGCCAGAAAGAUCUCUCCAAUAAGUGGCGUCGUGUGUUUAUCCUCGUGGCCAGGAUUGGGAUCAGGAUGUUUGUCGCCGCAAAGGGUGAUCGUGGCCACAGUGCACACGAGCUGUCCAGCAUCAUGCUCAACGCCAACGGACCAACCACCAACUACCCCCUCAAUGCCUCCUCCAUCAGCAGCCGCGCCAGGCUCCAAAAGCCCUGAAAUCGGCAAAAAAAGGGGCGGGGGCGAUGGCUCCAAAGGAACAUCAGGGGGCAAAGACGGUGGCAAUCAGCUUUGCUGUCCCAAGUGUGGGGACCCAUGCACCCACGUUGAAACAUUUGUCUCGUCAACGAGAUUUGUCAAGUGCGAGAAGUGCCACCACUUCUUUGUGGUUCUGUCAGAAAUGGACUCGAAGAAAAGUUUAAAAGACCAAUCAAGGACGGCUGAGGAACCAAAAGUCGGACCGCUAAGGAAGCCCCCUCCGCCACCAAAGAAGAUCUUUGAGUACCUAAAUAAGCACGUGGUAGGUCAAGAGCAAGCCAAAAAAGUACUCUCUGUUGCCGUUUACAAUCACUAUAAAAGGAUCCAUAACAAUUUGCCUCCACCUGGGCGCCCUGAGAAUGGCACACACCACGAUUCUUCAACUCAAUCCUUCUCCCAGCGAGACUUGCUUCACAUCAGUGGUCUUGGUCUAGGGGUUGGCUUCAACCCACCUGCAUCCCAGGACGACUCUUCCAGGCGUGGGAGCGCCCACAACAACAACUCUCUGGGCAGUGAUUUACUUGACGCUAGCAGCCAUGAGCUCCGGCUGGAGAAGAGCAAUAUUCUUCUGCUUGGACCAACAGGAUCAGGCAAGACAUUGCUCGCACAAACGAUCGCCCAAUGCCUAGACGUGCCGUUUGCCAUCUGUGACUGCACAACAUUGACACAGGCUGGCUACGUGGGCGAAGACAUUGAGAGUGUGAUUGCUAAAUUGCUGCAGGAUGCCAACUACACCGUUGAUAGAGCUCAAAUGGGUAUUGUAUUUUUGGACGAAGUUGAUAAAAUAGGAGCAGUUCCUGGCAUCCACCAAUUACGAGAUGUUGGUGGGGAAGGUGUCCAGCAAGGAAUGCUUAAAAUGCUGGAAGGAACAAUAGUCAAUGUGCCAGAGAGAAACUCGCCGAGGAAACUACGUGGCGAAACUGUUCAGGUGGACACUACUAACAUACUCUUUGUGGCAUCUGGAGCUUUUAAUGGACUUGAUCGUCUUAUCAGCAGACGCCGAAAUGAAAAGUAUCUUGGUUUUGGAGCUCCUGCAACAGAGUCGGCUGGUCGGCGUGCAGCGGCUUUGUCUGCUAUUGCAAACCAAAGCGCUGCAACUUCAGCCGAGGAAGACAACGCAGAGCGUGACGCUCUCUUGAAAGAAGUAGAAGCGAGAGACCUCAUUGAGUUUGGAAUGAUUCCUGAAUUUGUUGGAAGAUUCCCAGUGUUAGUUCCUUUCCACUCUCUUGGCCAAGACAUGCUGAUCCGUAUUCUAACCGAGCCUAAGAACGCCAUGGUGCCUCAGUACCAAAUGCUCUUUGCAAUGGACAAGGUUGACUUGACAUUCUCACCUGAUGCGCUGAAGGCCAUUGCUCAGCUAGCCAUGGAAAGGAAAACGGGUGCCCGUGGGCUCAGGGCAAUAAUGGAAACAUUGCUGCUGGACCCAAUGUUUGAGAUCCCAGGCUCAGAUGUAGUUAGCGUGCACAUAACAUCUGACACCGUGCUCAACAAGGCAGAACCAGUGUACUUCAGAGGAAAGCACGUGUCCACUGAAGACGACUCUGAUGAGAACCUGCAGGCAAGGGCUGAAGUCAAAUGAGAUAUAUGCUUAUGUGAUCUUUUUUUAUUGGGAACAACUACUUCUGGACUUGGCUAUUUUAUCCUCCCUUGAUCAGGUCCUUUCCACCCCUAUUAUCCAGCCAAAGUAAGAUCUGCGAACACAAGUGUAAAAUUCUGCUACGCUGUGUGAAAAGAACAAGUGGACUGGUCUUUGACAUAAGUUUUCACUUCCAACCCCUCUUUCCAGUCUAGUGAAUUUUGGUUUUGAGCUUGUGUUGAAUAAUUGUUUGGUGGUUGGUUAGGACUGCAUGUGUAUCCACUUAUUUUUACUGAGUAAAUUGUGAUUUAACUUUUUUGCUGCAAAAAGAAGCAUUGUUAUAAGAUUUUCAAAUGUAAUUUACCUCAGAUUGUAAAUACUUUGUCGUUUAGAUCAAAUAAUAUCCUUCUGUUGUAACUUCCAAGUUUUGAAGAAUACAGUUGAACAGUGUA